CAGUUUUUCUUGGCUACUCAGUGGCGACGGUACGGCAACGGGGAAAAUCUUAUAAACACGCACGCGAGUAACGGGGGUAUACGCGACCAACUGUGGCCCGGUGCGCGACUAUUAGACACUAACAACAACAACAACAACUACAAUAAUAACAAUAUUAAACACCGAACAACAACAACAGCAACAACAUAGCCGACGACGAGCCGCUAUCAUAGCAUAACAGCAACAACAUACAGUACGGUACACACGAAACGAACGACAAACACACACACGCACACAUACACAUACAUACAUUCAGCUACCUUAUACAUGUACGUAUAGAGCAGCGCGCGCACACAGCCAUACGCCGUGUUUUAUAUAUAGAAAAUUUACGCACAGCUGAAAAAUUUCGUUUUUAGUGAAACGGCGAACGGUGAAUUUCGGUGCGGUUUUUCAUAUGUUCACGUAUCGAGGCGAAAUUUUCAUUGUGAAUUUCGCUGUUGGAAAAUCGCUCGAGCGCUUAUAAUUCUUAAAAUUGUGCAAUAGCAGACGAAAAGUCGCAAAAGUCUCAAAAGUGGCAAAGUGUAUAUAGAAAUAUAGAAAGCAAAAAUCUCUUGCAUACAUACAUAUGUAUAUGUGCAUAUAGCGAUGUGGCAAAGUGCGUUGUGUUGAAAAAUCUGGGUAUGUCAAAGUUUAAAUGUAGCUGUUGUGCCUGCGCCUGUUCCUGCUCCCGCUGCUGCUGUUGCUGCUGCCACAACGCUUGUUGUUGCUGCUGCUGCUGCUGUAAUCCAUCGUCGUUCGUCUCGUCAACACUUCAUUUUUCGGGACUCCACCCAGUUUCGUGGUCAACGAAAUCGCAUACAAAAUAGGAAAAUCAAGCAGACACUGGCGUAGAAGCAGAAUAAGUCGAAGAAGCAGCAGAAACAGAAACAGAAUCAGCAUCAGCAUCAGGAGAACUUAAGAAAGCAUAAGCAAACACAUUGCGUCUGGCUAAAAGGGCUAAUGAGGCCAUAACUACACACAUACUCAUACAUACAUAUAUAUACACAUAUGUGCACACAUAUGUAUAGUUUGCUGUAAGCCCAAAACGUCGCUGCUUCGUUCGUGUUUUAGUGCGCGUGUGAGUGUGUAUGCGUUAAGCAGUUAAUGAGCUUAGUGUUAAAGAAAAUCUUAAAGAAGCCAGUAAAUAUUUGCUAUGAUCAAACUCCUUCGUUUGUACGCUAAAAAAAGUGUACUUACAUACAUACACACAUAAAAAAAAUUAUAAAAAUAUAUAUAUAUAUCUAUAUAUACAUAGCAACGGCGUACAUAAGUGUAGCAUAUAGAAAAUAUAUAUAAAUAUACAAAUAAAUAGAGUGUCGUGUCGUUUGAACUUGUGUAGCCGCGCCGUUCGCGACGCCCCGCAGCGCUCGCAAUAGCAGGGAAAAUGCUAGAAAAAUGCCCAAGAUGCUUACAUGCGACAAGUUGAUGACACAUUUUACUGUCAUUGUGACCGCAUUCCUGCUACUCCAUUGCAUUGGUUUUUCACCGUUUAUGCCGCAAACGUUGCGCGCCGUUGAGGCCACUCCCGAGGAUGAAGCCGUUGGCAAAUGGGCAAUGCAGUUUGGCGAUGAAUUGUGGGAAUUAGCGCAACGUAUGACCAAAUCUCAAGAGAUUAAAGCCAAAUACAAAGAAUACAAUGCACGCGUCGAAUUGAAAAAUGGCACCGAACUCAUUAAAUCCAUCACAGCGAAUGUUGGACGCAUGUUUGCGCGCAAAAUGGAUGCGGUACGUUGCAUACAACAAAAAGCCGAGGCAGUCAACGAAGAAUUCGUAUUUAAUUUCACAUAUGCGGAGGAGAAUUACCAAUAUUAUUCGAGUAAAUUUUCAAAAUUCGAUGACAAACGCGCCGAAGAGCUGCUGGAUGGUAUGAUGGAAUACGAGGAUAGAUAUCUAAAUUUUACGCUAAAUCCGGAUACGCACUUUUAUAAUAUAUCUGUUGAUACAGAACACAGUUCCGUCCAUGUACCAUCUAAUAUAUUUGAUGGCGGUAAAGAAGUGUUGAAGACUAUUAUGUGGUCCGAAACGCUGGAUGAAGUUUUCAAACAAAACUACAAAUCAGAUCCCGCGCUGUCGUGGCAAUAUUUCGGCUCCGACACUGGCAUACUGCGCCAUUUUCCCGGCCUACAAUGGCAGCGGCGUGGCAAUCCAGAGAAUGCCGACACCUACGAUUGCCGCAAACGUUCGUGGUAUAUUGAGACUGCCACCUGCUCCAAGGAUAUUGUCAUACUAUUGGACAAUUCGGGUUCGAUGACCGGUUUCCGCAAUCAUGUUGCCAAAUUUACAAUACGCAGUAUUUUGGAUUCUUUCUCGAAUAAUGAUUUUUUUACGGUUUUCAAUUACUCUGCGGAGGUUCACGAUAUAAUACCAUGCUUUAAGGAUGCGCUAGUGCAGGCAACUCCCGAGAAUAUCAAUGUGUUUAAUGAUGCCAUUGAGGAGAUCAAACCCGAGGGCUAUGCGAACCUAUCGUUGGCGUAUGAGAAGGCAUUUCAGCUACUGAAGAAAUACUAUAUCGAACGCCGUUGCAAUGAGACGUCCACCUGCAAUCAAGCUAUAAUGGUUGUCACCGAUGGCGUUGCUGGCAAUACCACCGAAAUAUUCGAAAAAUAUAAUUGGGGCAAUGGUGAGAACGGCACCAUGAAUAUGAAUAUACGCAUAUUUACUUAUUUGCUGGGCAAGGAAGUGACCAAGGUGCGUGAGAUACAAUGGAUGGCGUGCUUGAAUCGUGGCUACUAUUCGCAUGUGCAGACAUUGGACGAGGUGCAUGAGGAGGUGUUGAAGUAUGUAGAUGUGAUAGCCACGCCGUUGGUGCUGCAAAAUGAGGAACACCCGCCGACAUGGACGCAUUCGUUUACGGAUCGAACGUAUGAGCCGCGCCCUAACGAUACUGGCACACGGCUUAUGAUCGCUGUGGGCGUGCCAGCCUUUGAUCGUUCCUACCGCAAUGAGAACUCUUCGAAGCGAGCACGUCUGCUGGGUGUAGCUGGCACCGAUGUGCCGGUGGAGGAUAUCGAUAAACUAACGCUGCCUUAUAAGCUUGGUGUAAAUGGCUACUCAUAUGUGGUUUCCAAUAACGGUUACAUGCUGCUGCAUCCAGAUUUACGUCCGAUUUCGAAAACUGGUAUGCUCAAUCCCAAUUACAACAGUAUAGAUUUCACGGAAGUGGAGCACCUUUAUGAGGAUUUGGAACCACGCCAACCGGGUGAGUCCAUACUGCAGCUGCGUAGUGCCAUGGUCCAAUAUCAAUCAGGUGAAUUCAAGGAUAUAAGCGUAAAGUUUCACUAUGACAAUAUGCGUCGCGUAUCCGAGGAGAAACAAGAUUAUUUCUUCGCGCCACUACCGAAUACACCCUUUUCGUUGGGCAUUGUAUUGCCAAGUGAAUAUGGUAAGACCUGGAUUAAGGUGGGCGAAGAGGUGAUGAAGAACAAGCAUAUGAAAGUGAAUAUAUCGGACUAUUUUGUCGGCGAAAACUGGAAAGUGCAUCCCGCUUGGGUCUAUUGCAAGUACCACUACCUGGAAGGCCAUGAAUUCAAAACGCCUGAAGCUGAGUUGCGCCAUUUCCUUGCCAAGAUGUUACAAAACGACUGGAAAUGGUCCGAACAGUACGAAGAAGACGAUUCAGACCAUGAUGACACGGAUGAAAUAAAUUGCGGCCGCAUAACGCUCGACGAAGAUGCCUACUACUGCAACAAGGAGCUCGUGCAACUGCUCAUCUUCGAUGCCAAGGUUACCAACUCUAGUUAUGGUGAGUGGAAAUUCGCAAAUGAAGAGGAACGUAGCCUGAUAGAGGGGUUUGGCGGUUCGUUGCGUUUUGCGGCCACCAUGAGCGGCCUGACACGUUGGCAAUUCAUUUACGGUGAGGUUGAAGUGGACAAUGAUCGUGAAUUUGGCGACUAUCAUACGACAGCGAUCGACGAGACUUGGUACAAGAGCGCCAUACUGCAGCAUCAUCAAGAGCGCACUGAAAGCUUCGUGUACAUGGUGAAGCAUGCCAGUGAUCCAAUGGAGGAUAACGAAUUGAUGGUUACCGCUUCGCAUGCGAUAUUUCCACGUGAUGGCGGUAGAGAGGCACCCGCAUGUGUGGUCGGCUUUCAAUUCUCACAUGCACGUAUGAUGGACCGUUUCUUCAAUAUCACUUCGAUAGAUAAUUGCAAUGGUUGCAUAAAGACCUGUACGAGCGACGAGAUAGAUUGCUACGUCAUAGACAAUAAUGCAUAUAUUGUGAUAGCGCAAAAUGUCAAUCAUACUGGGAAAUUCUUUGGCGAACACCAAGGUGACGUUAUGGCGGCAAUGGUGGAGAAGAGCUUCUUCCAAGCCAUCAAUGUUUACGACUAUCAAGCGCUAUGUCGCGAGGAAGUCGACGAUUCCAGCGACGCGCAAGCUCUACUGCACCCCAUCAGAUUGUUGAGCAUAGGCUGGCGCUGGUUGGUCGCGCAGCUCUUCUGGCAAUACGCGCGCAUCAAAUGGUGGGCGGACGGCGCGCCAUUCUUGGAAUAUUCGGACGAGAUCGAUGACGACUACGAAGCGGCGCCGGAUGCGUUUCCACGUCAACCGCAAAAAGACAAAGACAUGAGUGACGAUGGCAAAUUAUUAUUUGAGAAGAAGAAACCCGAUCCAGUCUAUAAUCCAUGCGAUACGCGUUCAACACUCUAUGUCUUACAACCGAAUUCGCUCGAAGAUAUAAGCGACCAAAUAAAAGUGCCAUAUUCACGACCGUUUUAUUUAAAGAAAAUACCGAAUACCAAUCUUUUGUUGGUGGUGGUAAAUGUUUUGAUGCCAUCGAAAGGUAUGCGUUUGAGCACGGAACCCGAACGUUUAGAAUAUGAUAUAGAGUUUCCAUGCUAUAAAUUAAAUAUGAGCUUCUACGAGCGACGGCGUCUGGAGGAAUGUUUCACCCAGCACCCAGAGGAGGAGAAAUAUACAUAUUGCGGCGAUGCGACAGCGCUGCGAUUGGACAUUGUAAAUUUAUUGAUGACCGUAUUUAUAUUUUUAUUAACGCGCUAUUUACGCACUUAAAUGUUUGUAAACAUUUACUUAUUUUUUUACCCUAUCGAACGAAAGUAUGUAACUAAAUACAAAUUUUUUAUGAAAAAAAACAAAAACAACAA